AUGAAACGGAACCGAACGACCACGACGAGCAACUCAACGGGGAAUCCAGGAACGACCACGACGAGCAUCUCAAGGGGAAUCCAGGAACGACCACGACGAGCAUAUCAACGGAAACCCCUGGACGACCUCGACGAGCACUCAACGGGGAACCAGGGAACGACCACGACGAGCAUCUCAACGGGGAAUCCAGGAACGACCACGACGACCACAUCAACUGAAACCCCUGGAACGACCACGACGAGCAUCUCAACGGGGAAUCCAGGAACGACACCACGAACAGGAACAUCCAACGGGAAUCCGGAACAAGACACAUCAACGGAGACCCCUGGAACGACCACGACGAGCAACUCAACGGGGAAUCCAGGGACGACCAGAGAGCAUCAGGGGAAUCCAGGAACAACCACGACGAGCAUCUCAACGGAAACUCCUGGAACCAUAACCUCAACGACUUCAACGGGGAGUCCUGGAACGACGACGACGAGCAUCUCAACGGGGAAUCCAGGAACGACGACGAAAUCCAGGAACGACCACGACAAGCAUCUCAACGGGAAAUCCAGGAACGACCACGACGACAUCUCAACGGAAAGAUUCAGGAAGAACGACACGACGAGCAUCUCAACGGGGAAUCCAGGAACGACCACCACGACCACAUCAACUGAAACCCCUGGAACGACGACGACGAGCAUCUCGACGGGGAAUCCAGGAACGACCACGACGAGCAUCUCGACGGGGAAUCCAGGAACACACUCUGGAACGACCUACGACGAGCACCUCAACGGGGAAUCCAGGAACGACCACGACGAGCAUCUCAACGGGGAAUCCAGGAACGACCACGACGACCACAUCAACUGA